AUUGUACAAUGAUGAACGAAGGGGUGACCGAAUCUAUUCAAAGAAACGAAGACGUUGUUGAUAUUUAUGGAGAAGGCUUACUAAGGUAAGGGACGUCUUUGUAAUUUCAUUAAAGAUAUUUAUGGAGAAGGCUUACUAAGGUUAAGAAAUUAAAAUUUUGAUAAAUUCAAAAUUAUUGGAUUUGUCCAAGACUUUCAUGCUGCUUUUUUUCAACAACUGUGUGUCUCUCCUUCAGUUCUUGAUCUACUAUUAACCACUAUCAACUUUCUCCAAUAAUCAACAUGACCAAUCACAACACCUCACUGUUCUCCUCCCUCCUCCUGCUGUCGCUACUGGCGCUUGUCUCCUUAGCUAGCGCCCACGGGACAGUGAGCACCUAUGAUCUCCAAAAAAUUAAGGAAGAAGAGAGUUAUUACAGGCAAAAGAAAGUAAUUGACAUUAGCCACAAGUAUGUUCCUGAUUUGCCUAGUUAUGCUUCCAAAAAGGGUCUGGGCGACUUCCUAAAUCUUGUGGGUAGCAUCAAGAAUGGUAGCCUCGUAAAUCUUUCUACAUUUAAGCUUAGUACUCAUAGUGGUACACAUGCUGAUGCUCCUGGGCAUUUCAUUGACAAGCUUUUUGACAUGGGUUGUGAUGCCGAUUCGCUUGACCUCCGAACUUUGAAUGGUCCAGUUCUUGUAGUGGACACCCCACGGGACAAGAAUAUUACAGCCGAAGUUAUGAGGUCAUUGAACAUACCACGCGGAGUGAAACGUGUUCUUUUCCGAACAUCAAACACAGACAAGAGACUGAUGCACCAGAAAGAAUUUGAGCCCUCCUAUACUGCAUUCACCGCAGAUGGAGCAGAGUAUCUGGUCCAGAAUACUGACAUCAAACUCGUUGGUAUUGAUUACUUAUCUGUUGGUAUCAACGUCAGGGAUGAUAUCAGUAAAGUUCAUUAUGCACUUCUGGGUCGUAAAGAUGUUAUUCCAGUGGAAGGUCUCAAUCUUGAUAAUGUUGUCCCUGGAGUUUACACAGUUCACUGCCUACCCUUGAGGCUGGUUCAUGGAGAUGGUUCACCUGCCAGGUGCAUCCUCUUCCAAAGUUGAUGUCAAGGCAGCUUUGUCAUGGAAAAAAGAAAACUCUCAAAAUUUCAAUCAGUUACGUGAACUCGUAAUUUCCAAGAAACAAAAUAAUUUACUUAUGUACUAGCUUCCUUUAGCUUGUCUAACCCAUUGAACUAUGUAACUUUCAUGUUGGGUACUAAUGCAAAGUGGAGGUGGUACUGAUGUUUAUUAACAUUA